AUGGGUUUUUUGUUAAAUGUUCGUCUUCAAACUGUUGUGUUUGCAUUAUAUUUUCGCACAACAUGGAUGAAUGAACUCCUUUUCAACUUUUUGGCCCCUGUUCUGUUUAGUUUGCUCAUAGUAAUUCUGGUUGAAGAGAUGGCUAGAUUUGCGUUCGAGCCCUUAAGCUGGCGUGUAAAUGUUGCUGAUGUUAAUGACACCAAAGAGUCAUGGACUAUAAGGGUUAAAGUUGUUUUGCGGUGGAAACAGACAUUCAAGAAUUAUCCUAAUGUUGUGUCCAGCCUUGACAUGAUCCUAAUGGAUGAGCAGGGUACUAAGAUUCAAGCAUCCGUCAAGAAAAAUCUAAUCUCAGACUUUGAAAGUAUUCUUGAAGAAGGAACGGUUAGAGUUAUAAGUGAUUUCGGAAUAGCUUCAAACUCAGGAAGUUAUAUGUUGGUUAAUCAUCCAUACAAGAUAAACUUUUGUAAGUCAACAAAGGUAAAAAUAUCUACAGAUUUUGAAAAUACCGUGGAUCCUUAUAUCUUUCCAAGCUUCAGUGAUAUGUUGACAAAAAACUUGGAUACUCGUGUUGCUUUCGAUGUUGUCGGUUUGGUGGUAUCUGUUGAUCCUAUGAUUGUUACCCACGAUGCUGGUAGAGAUAAACACAAAUUAACUCUAGAACUUCAAGAUCUAAGCGGCAAUAAAAUUGCAUGUGCUUUAUGGGACUCAUAUGAUGUUCGGCUAAGCAAGUAUAUUUCAGAAAAUCAUUCUGCUGAUUUACCAAUUGUCAUCUUUCUACACAUGGCAAAGUUGAAGGAAUGGAAUAGAAUGCCUCAGAUAAGUAAUUGUUUGUUCGGUUCAAGGCUACAUAUCAAUGAUCAUAUUGGUCCGAUUGUAAGCUUCCAAGAAAGUUUGAAGAAUUCGGAUGUGGGUGUUGAGUCCUCAAAAAAAGCAACAGAAAUCAUUGCUACCACUGUUAUAGGAAAACCAGAGGAUUACUACCUUAAAUUCCCCGUUGUUACUAUUGAUGAAAUUCAAAAGUACAUAAAGCAAAAGAAGCAAAUUGGUUUAUCCAUUAUUGAAACUACUACCAAUAUUCAAGAUGAUGUAGGCUGGUAUUACUGGUCAUGUCGAACAUGCCACAAGAUUGUUAACCGCGUUGAUGAUGAAAUUGAUGUUGAUUCUGACGGCCAUCCAUUUGUUUGUGGAAAAUGUGGCUACGUUUCAGAAGUGUAUGGAAAGGUGCGUGUUAUCAUUCGAGUACAAGAUUCAACUGGUUACUCAUCAUUUGUCUUAUUUGAAGAUCUCAUUGAGAAGCUGAUCAACCGCAGUCACACUUGGCUUAUGGAAAAGAUAUCCAAGGAUCAAAACCGUCAAAUCUUCCCUGAAGAGCUUAAUGUCCUACUCGAGAAGAAGUUUGUUAUCAAAAUUCAAAUAUCUUGGUUCAAUUUGGAAAAUGGGUACACUUCCUACACUGUUCAUAGAUGUACACAUGAUGAAAGUGUUAUUGAAAAAGUCUUUAUUGGACCCUCAAGUAAUGAGAACAAUAAGGUUGAUACACUUAGUGAUGAUGUUGAUGCAAAUGAUGUUGAAGUUGCAACGCCUACUGCAAAUGCUCGAAAGCGCCCAAUUGAUAUAGAUGAACAAUCCACCGUCUUUGAUGGCUCCUCUACAUCCUAUGCCCCAGUGGAUAAUCUUAAAAUACCAAAGACAAAGCAUUUGGAGUAG